AUGGCAGAGAACUCUAUGUACCAGCGUCUGUCCUACGAGAGAGAAGAGGAGGAGGAAGAGAGGAAGGAGGGAGUAACGAAGGAGAGAGGGGAAGAACAGAUGGUAAAGUAUUUUAUAUACUGUGUUAGAGAUUGGUUGAUUUUGUUGUUAGUUUAUUGACUGUGUUUGUGUGUGUGUGUGUGUGUGUGUGUGUGUGUGUGUGUGUGUAGAUGACGGAGGAGGGAACAGAGUGGUUGGUAGAUCUGUUAACAGACGUUCAGCUGCAGCAGUACUUCCUGCGUAUCCGUGACGAGCUGAACGUGACGCGCCUGUCACACUUCGACUACGUUAAGAAUGAAGACCUGGAGAAGAUCGGCAUGGGGCGCCCAGGUAUGUAAAGUAUAUCGUAUUUUAAAGUAUUUAAAAAAUCAAAGAAAGUUCAAAGUGGAUUUACCAGGUCUAUUCCUCCAGAAACGGUCAUAACACAGUCACAACAAGGUCAUAACGCAGUCACAACGAGGUCAUAUCACGGUCACAACAAGGUCAUAACACAGCCACAACGAGGUCAUAACAUGGUCACAACAAGGUCAUAUCACGGUCACAACGAGGUCAUAUCACAGUCACAACGAGGUCAUAACACGGUCACAACGAGGUCAUAUCACGGUCACAACGAGGUCAUAUCACAGUCACAACGAGGUCAUAACACGGUCACAACGAGGUCAUAACACGGUCACAAUGAGGUCAUAUCACGGUCACAAUGAGGUCAUAUCACAGUCACAACGAGGUCAUAUCACGGUCAUAACGAGGUCAUAUCACAGUCACAACGAGGUCAUAACACAGUCACAACGAGGUCAUAUCACGCCUUAUUGCCUCUCCUCCCUACACUCUGUUCUGUUCUCUCUGUCCUUUAACCAAGGUGUCACAUACAUAGGGGAUGGGGUUGCAGUUUGUCAGAGGUAGGCUGACAGUGUGUAAUGUAUUCUCUGUGUGUUGCAGGCCAGAGGAGGCUUUGGGAGGCAGUCAAGAGGAGGAGAGCUCUCUAUAAACGCAAGUCCUGGAUGAGCAAGGUACAGCACACAGUGAGUUUGAAUCCCUCUUAGCUGUAGUGUGUGUGUGUGUGUGUGUGUGUGUGUGUGUGUGUGAGUGUGUGGAGUCACUCUGAGCAGUAGUCUCUGUGUUUGGGCCAGCAGGUGUUUCCAGGGAAACGAACUGACUCUGACUCCGACCCCCAGCAGCUCCGGGGGGCGUCGCCCACCUUAACAACUCAAGGUGUGUAUGUGUGUUUGUUUGACAUAUUCCUUACUCAAGGUUAGUUUUAUAAUUGAUAAGAUUCUGACCUACUCAUGCUUAUUUGUAUAAACAAUAUUGUUGUUAAGGAGUUAUAAUUGGAGUAUGCUAACUCGCAUAAUUAUAUUAUAUUAACUCUUAUUGCGCCUGGUGUUUGAAGGCUUAACCCCGUCCAGCGAUGGGCAGGGGGCAGCCCUGACUUGUCUGAUCCGAGAGGCAGAGCUACAGCUGUGUGAACGACUAGGAGAUGGAACCUUCGGAGUCGUCAGGAGAGGAGAGUGGACUGGAACCAAUGGACAAAUGGUGUGUGUGUGUGCAUGCGUGCGAGCGAGCGAGCGAGCCCGCCCAGGAAACUGGAAAAUACAACUAUUUGAACAACAAUAGGGGAUGAUUUCAUCUGAGAGCUGGUUCACAAAGUAACGUCAUUCUCUCUUCCUCUCUUUCACUCCCUCUGUCCCCCUUCUCCCUCCCUCUCUAGCUGUCAGUAGCAGUGAAGUGUCUGAAGACAGACAGUGUGUUAGACACUGAGGGCUUGGAUGAUUUCAUCAGAGAGGUGAACGCCAUGCACUCCCUCAACCACCAGAACCUCAUACGGCUCUAUGGAGUGGUGCUCACACACCCCAUGAAGAUGGUAAGACACGCGCACACACACACACACACACACACACACACACACACACAGAUAUACGCACACAUACAUACAUACACACACAAAUACACACACACUUACCAUACCUCGUAUUACUUAAUGGAUCUCUAACGUGUGUGUAGGUGACAGAGCUGGCUCCUCUUGGUUCUCUGUUGGAUCGUCUGAGGAAGCGACAGGGACACAUCCUCAUCUCCUCUCUGUGUGGCUACGCUGUACAGGUCAGUGUGUGUGUACGUGUGUGACGCUACUGCAUGAUUAGCUAGUGCUCACUAGCUAGUUAGUUCACAUCUGCUAAGUGUGUGUGUGUGUGUGUGUGUGUGUAGGUGGCGUGUGGCAUGGCAUAUCUAGAACAGAGGCGAUUCCUCCACAGAGACCUGGCGGCGAGGAACGUCCUGCUGUCAACCAAUGAAAUGGUGAAGAUUGGUGACUUUGGUCUGAUGAGAGCGCUGCCAUCACACCAGGAUACAUACGUUAUGGAAGAGAGCCACAAGGUGCCCUUCGCAUGGUGAGUGAGUGACUGGGUGAGUGUGGGUGUGCAUUCUCACUGCAUGAUCCUGUACUAAACAAUAUGAUCUCUUUCUAUCCUUAACCCCCCCCCCCCCUCCUCUCUAUAUGUGUCUCUCUCUCUCUCUAGGUGCGCUCCAGAGUCAUUGAGGAGCAGGAGUUUCUCUCAUGCUUCAGACACUUGGAUGUUUGGAGUCACUCUGUGGGAGAUGUUUACACACGGACAGGAGCCAUGGCUAGGACUCAACGGCAGCCAGGUACACACACACAAACACACACACAUACACACACAAUAAGUGUCUGUCGGUAGUGCUUGAUAAGUUUGUGUGUGUGUGUAGAUUCUCCAUAAGGUGGAUGUGGAGGGGGAGAGGCUGGUGAAGCCAGCAGACUGUCCCCAGGAUGUUUACAACGUGAUGCUGCAGACCUGGAGCCCUCAGCCUGAUGACAGACCAACAUUCACCGCCCUUAGAGACUUUCUAUUGGAGGUAGGGACCAGACUAGGGAUGCGCGGGUGACUCCUAACCUGCAGUCCCCGCGGUUCUCUCCGCAGGGCAGGUGGAUUUAGGGUAGGGUGACCACACCAAUAAUUUAAAAAGAAAUGUGAUUUGUAACGUAUUUCAGUCAGACAUUCCACCUGUCUCUUGCAGUCAAGUUGCGCUUAUAAAAAAAUUAAUAUAUAUAUAUACAGUGAGGAAAAAAAGUAUUUGAUCCCCUGCUGAUUUUGUACGUUUGCCCACUGACAAAGAAAUGAUCAGUCUAUAAUUUUAAUGGUAGGUUUAUUUGAACAGUGAGAGACAGAAUAACAACAAAAAAAUCCAGAAAAACGCAUGUCAAAAAUGUUAUAAAUUGAUUUGCAUUUUAAUGAGGGAAAUAAGUAUUUGACCCCUCUGCAAAACAUGACCUAGUACUUGGUAGCAAAACCCUUGUUGGCAAUCACAGAGGUCAAACGUUUCUUGUAGUUGGCCACCAGGUUUGCACACAUCUCAGGAGGGAUUUUGUCCCACUCCUCUUUGCAGAUCAUCUCCAAGUCAUUAAGGUUUCGAGGCUGACGUUUGGCAACUCGAACCUUCAGCUCCCUCCACAGAUUUUCUAUGGGAUUAAGGUCUGGAGACUGGCUAGGCCACUCCAGGACCUUAAUGUGCUUCUUCUUGAGCCACUCCUUUGUUGCCUUGGCCGUGUGUUUUGGGUCAUUGUCAUGCUGGAAUACCCAUCCACGACCCAUUUUCAAUGCCCUGGCUGAGGGAAAGAGGUUGUCACCCAAGAUUUGAAGGUACAUGGCCCCGUCCAUCGUCCCUUUGAUGCGGUGAAGUUGUCCUGUCCCCCUAGCAGAAAAACACUCCCUUAGCAUAAUGUUUCCACCUCCAUGUUUGACGGUGGGGAUGGUGUUCUUGGGGUCAUAGGCAGCAUUCCUCCUCCUCCAAACACGACGAGUUGAGUUGAUGCCAAAGAGCUUGAUUUUGGUCUCAUCUGACCACAACACUUUCACCCAGUACUCCUCUGAAUCAUUCAGAUGUUCAUUGGCAAACUUCAGACGGGCAUGUAUAUGUGCUUUCUUGAGCAGGGGGACCUUGCGGGCACUGCAGGAUUUCAGUCCUUCACGGCGUAGUGUGUUACCAAUUGUUUUCUUGUUGACUAUGGUCCCAGCUGCCUUGAGAUCAUUGACAAGAUCCUCCCGUGUAGUUCUGGGCUGAUUCCUCACUGUUCUCAUGAUCAUUGCAACUCCACGAGGUGAGAUCUUGCAUGGAGCCCCAGGCCGAGGGAGAUUGACAGUUCUUUUGUGUUUUUUCCAUUUGUGAAUAAUCGCACCAACUGUUGUCACCUUCUCACCAAGCUGCUUGGCGAUGGUCUUGUAGGCCAUUCCAGCCUUGUGUAGGUCUACAAUCUUGUCCCUGACAUCCUUGUCUUGGCCAUGGUGGAGAGUUUGGAAUCUGAUUGAUUGAUUGCUUCUGUGGACAGGUGUCUUUUAUACAGGUAACAAGCUGAGAUUAGGAGCACUCCCUUUAAGAGUGUAAUCCUAAUCUCAGCUCGUUACCUGUAUAAAAGACACCUGGGAUUUCUUUGUUGUUAUUCUAUCUCUCACUGUUCAAAUAAACCUACCAUUAAAAUUAUAGACUGAUCAUUUCUUUGUCAGUGGGCAAACGUACAAAAUCAGCAGGGGAUCAAAUACUUUUUUCCCUCACUGUGUAUAUAUAUGUGUGAAUAUAUAUAUAUAUAUAUAUAUAUAUAUAUAUAUAUAUACUGUAUAUAUAUAUAUACUGUAUAUGUCAUAAGGAUGUGGUACCGGUGAUAUUAAACACUUUGUUGAGAUCUGAUAUUCUGCGCAGCGCAAGACGACCAAUCAACCAAUCGUCAACCAAUCACUUUUCUCAAAUCCUUUUGGGCUAAAUUCCAGCUAAACUUGGAGAGGACAGUUAAGCCUAACUACUAACCAAAAUUCUGCUUCUGACGAGGAGCUACGAAAGUAAGAAAAUAGUAGUAUUAAACUAAGAGAUACAGUGGGGGGGAAAAGUAUUUAGUCAGCCACCAAUUGUGCAAGUUCUCCCCUUAAAAAGAUGAGAGUGGCCUGUAAUUUUCAUCAUAGGUACACGUCAACUAUGACAGACAAAUUGAGAAAAGAAAUUCAAGAAAAUCACAUUGUAGGAUUUUUAAUGAAUUUAUUUGCAAAUUAUGGUGGAAAAUAAGUAUUUGGUCAAUAACAAAAGUUUAUCAAUACUUUGUUAUAUACCCUUUGUUGGCAAUGACACAGGUCAAACGUUUUCUGUAAGUCUUCACAAAGAUGUUUUGGGGCUGUCGCUGGGCAACACGGACUUUCAACUCCCUCCAAAGAUGUUCUAUGGGGUUGAGAUCUGGAGACUGGCUAGGCCACUCCAGGACCUUGAAAUGCUUCUUACGAAGCCACUCCUUCGUUGCCCGGGCGGUGUGUUUGGGAUCAUUGUCAUGCUGAAAGACCCAGCCACGUUUCAUCUUCAAUGCCCUUGCUGAUGGAAGGAGGUUUUCACUCAAAAUCUCACGAUACAUGGCCCCAUUCAUUCUUUCCUUUACACGGAUCAGUCGUCCUGGUCCCUUUGCAGAAAAACAGCCCCAAAGCAUGAUGUUUCCACCCCCAUGCUUCACAGUAGGUAUGGUGUUCUUUGGAUGCAACUCAGCAUUCUUUGUCCUCCAAACACGACGAGUUGAGUUUUUACCAAAAAGUUAUAUUUUGGUUUCAUCUGACCAUAUGACAUUCUCCCAAUCCUCUUCUGGAUCAUCCAAAUGCACUCUAGCAAACUUCAGACGGGCCUGGACAUGUACUGGCUUAAGCAGGGGGACACGUCUGGCACUGCAGGAUUUGAGUCCCUGGCGGCGUAGUGUGUAACUGAUGGUAGGCUUUGUUACUUUGGUCCCAGCUCUCUGCAGGUCAUUCACUAGGUGCCCCCGUGUGGUUCUGGGAUUUUUGCUCACCGUUCUUGUGAUCAUUUUGACCCCAUGGGUGAGAUCUUGCAUGGAGCCCCAGAUCGAGGGAGAUUAUCAGUGGUCUUGUAUGUCUUCCAUUUCCUAAUAAUUGCUCCCACAGUUGAUUUCUUCAAACCAAGCUGCUUACCUAUUACAGAUUCAGUCUUCCCAGCCUGGUGCAGGUCUACAAUUUUGUUUCUGGUGUCCUUUGACAGCUCUUUGGUCUUGGCCAUAGUGGAGUUUGGAGUGUGACUGUUUGAGGUUGUGGACAGGUGUCUUUUAUACUGAUAACAAGUUCAAACAGGUCCCAUUAAUACAGGUAACGAGUGGAGGACAGAGGAGCCUCUUAAAGAAGAAGUUACAGGUCUGUGAGAGCCAGAAAUCUUGCUUGUUUGUAGGUGACCAAAUACUUAUUUUCCACCAUAAUUUGCAAAUAAAUUCAUUAAAAAUCCUACAAUGUGAUUUUCUGGAUUUUUUUUCCUCAAUUUGUCUGUCAUAGUUGACGUGUACCUAUGAUGAAAAUUACAGGCCUCUCUCAUCUUUUUAAGUGGGAGAACUUGCACAAUUGGUGGCUGACUAAAUACUUUUUUCCCCCACUGUAUAAGGUAAUUUUGUCAACAUUGUCAGUCUCCCCAAUCCCGUUUUAAAAGUCUCCCUGUUUUACAUUCCCUGAGACCAACCAGAAGUGUUUCCUUGGCCAAAUAUUCCCAGAUUUUCAUAAAACAGCCACACAUGUGGUCUCUCGUUUCUGCAUCACCACAUUUUGCGUGAGGCAAAAGAGUAGGCUAGGUGCGCUUCAAUUAGCUCGUUGGGUGCAGCGGACUGCAUCGGUGUAGUGCUGCCGGAACGCACCAGAGUGUCGCUCCGCCACUUCUGACAAUGGUGCUCAUUUAGUAAAGUUAGAUCAAACCUGAAUCAAUGUCUUGGACGAUCACAUAAUGAUUAAUUCGUAUACUACAUAACAGACCCAAAUAUUAAUAGCAUAGUAGCCUAUAACAUUACUGUUAUACAAAGAACACCACCUUAGUCAUUUCUAAUGAGAUUUUAGGAAUGGUGUGCUUAUAGUAAAACAGAAAUUCUCAUGUCGCCAAAAUUCAACAGUGUGCGCCACUAGGCAGAAAUAUACUUGGAUUUAAACAAAAUACAGGAAGGCUAUAUACUGUAUACUGAACAAAAAUAUAAACGCAACAUGCAACAAUUUCAAAGAUUUUACUGACUUACAGUUCAUAAAAGGAAAUCAGUCAAUUGAAAUAAAUUCAUUAGUCCCUAAUCUAUGGAUUUCACAUGACUGGGCAGGGGCGCAGCCAUGGGUGGGCCUUGGAGGGCAUAGGCCAACCCACUUGGCAGCCAGGACCACCCAUUGGGGAGCCAGGCCCAGCCAAUCAGAAUGAGUUUUUCCCCACAAAAGGGCUUUAUUACAGACAGAAAUACUCCUCAGCACCCCCCAAAGCCGGAUGUGGAGGUCCUGGGCUGGCGUGGUUUGUGGUUGUGAGGCCGGUUGGAUAUACUGUCAAAUUCUCUAAAACGACGUUGGCGGCAGCUUAUGGUAGAGAAAUUAACUUUCAAUUAUCUGGCAACAGCUCUGGUAGACAUUCCACGCUCCCUCAAAGUGUAGUAGAAUUGCAUGAAAUGUGUUUAUAAAAGGCCACAUUUUUCUCAUGCAAAGAAAGGAGAAGAAACGUAUCUGAUAUAGCCUAUUGCUUAGGCCACUCUUCGCCACUACGUGCUCAGCCAUGCAUUGAACGGUCUUUUUGGCGAACAAUGAUUGAGUUAUAUUAUUAUUAGCCUAAAUUAUGACAAUCCAAUCUACUCAUCACAUUAGGAAUAGUAGGCUUGCAUAAGUCUGCAAAUGUGAUGAUGCAUGGAAUGCUUUAUUGUAAUUUGCUUCCCCAAACUUGAAACUCACGCGCCGCCUAUGGCUAACAAGUAGUGAAGCCGCAUGUAUCUAAUUGUAGACAGGUUGACUAACAAAUAGCCUACCAAAAUGUCUGAAAUUAUAAGCAGAAACAUAGGCCUAUCUAAAAAAAAAAGGCCUGUCAAAAUAUCGCUCUGCCAUCUCUGACUGUACAUAGCAUUUUCUAUAUUAGUGGGUUAGGGUCGGGUGUGGGUUUCAGAUUUUUACUUUAUCAGUUGCGGAUGGGUUAUUAGCAAUUACGGGCGGGAGCGGGUAAACAAACAAGUGACCCCGCGCAUCACUAGAACACAGACAUUCAUGGAAUGGUUCACCAAGUGUCCAGCAGAGGGCACUGUAGGUACAUGAGUGAUUGCAAGACUGCAGGUGCAAAGGAAAAAUGGAUGCUGGCUUCAUAAAUCUUGGGGCAGAUUUCCCAAACACAGAUUAAGCCUAGUCCUGUUGAAUUUUUCCAUGUAGAAUCUCCAUUGAAUCAUGCUUUUUAGUCCAGGAUUCGGAUCAAUCUGUGUCCGGGAAACCGGCGCUUGACGUUCCCCGCGUAGUAGUCAUAAUCAUGAUGGUGUGUGUGUGUGUGUGUGUGUGUGUGUAGACCAUGCCUACAGACAUGAGAUCGCUGCAGGAUUUUGAAGAACCAGAUAAACUUCAGAUCACCAUGAAUGACAUCAUCACCAUCAUCGAGGGCAGGUCAGUUUGUGAGUGUGUGUGUGGGUGGGUGUAAGAAGAAUGAUUCAUUAUUCAGAAAGUCAGAUAGAUAUCUAAUAUGAAGAGCAUACAUGCUUCUCUGUAAAGUGCAAUAGGGAAUCAUAUCAGUGUGUGUUCAUGUGUGUCUCUUUGUCUCCAGAGCAGAGCUCUAUUGGUGGAGAGGUCAGAACAGGAGGACGUUGCGUGUGGGACAGUUUCCUCGCCACGUGGUUACGUCGGUCAGCGGCCUGUCAGCCCAAGACAUCAGCAGACCACUCACACACUCCUUCAUUCACACUGGACACGGAGACACUGACCCACACAGGAGCUGGGGGCACGCUGACCGCAUAGACAGGUACACACACACACAGAGACCUGGCUGUUACCUGCAGGUACAGUGUCUGACCACUAGAGGACAGCAGAGCCCCGUUAGUAGUGCUGUUGUUCUUUAGCUUGUCAGGCACAAUAAAACCAAUGGAAAAGUCCCAAAAUACUUUUUAUAAACAACACCUGAAGUACUGUGUUAACACUGUGUUUGAACUCCACUAUAUCCCUGGUCUUUACCCCUCACCCAGCCUGUACUUGGGAAACCCCAUGGACCCCCCUGAUGUUAUGGGAAUGGAUCCUUCCACUGCCCGGCCCACCAAACUACCCAACCGCACCAGGAGUGAGUAGGCUACACAAACAAACACACAUUUAUUCUCUCCUUACAAUAUCUUCCUACCUUUUUAUUAAUUCCUAAACUCUCUCCCUCUUUCUGUUUUUGUCUCUCAGAGCUGCCUCCUCCUCGUCCUCCCCAGCCUGCUGUCCUGAUCAAGAGUAUGUCUUCCACGCUGAGUGUGUAUUUACCUGUAUAUGUUGAGCUGUCUAUGACUCUCUGAUUGAUGAUAACGGUGUGUGCGUGUGUGUGUGUGUGUGUGUGUGUGUGUGUAGAGCCGUUCUAUGACUCUGUGUUAGAUGAUGAUGAUGAAUAUGAAGGUGCUUCGUCGGGGCUGAAGAGGCUGGGCGCGGCUAUAGGCCUUAAACUCCGCACGGGGGAGGGGCCAGGUGUGAGGUCGGCCAAAAGCGAGGUCUCGCUCAUCGACUUCACCGAUGACAGCUUCAGCUCGGCCACGCCCUCCCCUCUCACUGAGACACGCCUACCUGACCAGGACACACUCCAGGUACACACACACACUCACACACACACUCAGUGGGCAAAAUAACCUUCUUCUCUCCUCUCUCCGUCCAGGACCUUCCUUCCAUACUGGACUGGCCUCUCCCUCUUCCUGCCUACGAUGAGGUUGCCACAGAGGCCGAGGGUCAAUUGGCAGACCAGGAGGUUCGAUCUAUCACUGGAUUGCCGGAGGGGAUGUUAGUUCCGCCCAACACUGAUGCAGAGGGGAGGGGCUUAACACAGUCAGCUGAUCUGUUCCAGGAGCUGCAGAGAGAGGUACGACACACACACACACACACACACACACACACACACACACACACACGCACACGCACACGCACACGCACACACACACACACACACACACAGGUUUGUCAUUUGAGUCUGGAGUUUUAACGUUGUUGUUUUUCUCUUUUCCUGCUGACCUGCAGGUGAUGGUGAAGCUGCGUGUUCCCAUGACGACCGGCCGUUCCCUCCCCUCCUCCCCCCCUCCCCCUCUCCCUGGCCCCUCACAGACAGAUCUACCUUCCUCCCCCCUCCUCCUCUUCCUCCUAUGAGGACAGACCCAUGCUACCCCCUCGCUCCCCCAUCCCACCCCUCCGCUCCUCCAAACGCGUUUCCCUACGUGAGAGGGAAAACACGCCCCCUCAAAUCCCUCCCAGAGACCACGCCUUUUCUCAGCCAUCCUCACGCUCCUCCUCCCCCCUUCCUUUAGUGCUUCCCCUCUCUGUCUCCCCUCUCUCCUCCUCCCUUUGUCUCCCCCCUCCUCCCCUCUCCUUGUCUCCUCGUCAGAGGACUGGACUAUACGGGGUUGUUGGUCCUCUCGGCCCCCUAGUCUCCUCCUCCCCCUCUUCCUCUCCUCCCUCCUCCUCACUCUAUUCCUCCAUGCUCACAGCUGCCCCUCCCCCCAGUUCCUCAUUGGAUCCCCUCUCUGAGGGGCGUGGCCUGUCAAUACUUAUUGACAACUCUCAGAGUUCUGAACGUCCCGCCUACUUAGAGAGGUAUGGAGCCGCCAAAAUGGCCACCGUCCGACCCAUGGUGCAACAGCAGCCAGGCGGGGGUGGGGCCAGGCCUAACUCCUCCCACAACAACAACAACCACAGGACUCAGCAGUUAACUACAGCUCCCAGCAGGCAACGGGAGAACGGCCUCAUUCAGGUUAGAGAUGUUCAGAACAGUGAGGCUGCAUUCAAGUGCUCUUUGUGUUUACCUGUUUAUUGUGUCAGAAAUGCAUUCAAGUGCUUUCUGAAGUCGCAAGACUUCUGAACCUAUGAGAUGCUAAAACAUUAGGUGUGUGUGUGCAUCUGUGUUUACACGCACACAAACACACACACACACACACUCUCUAACAUCUCUCUUUCCCUCUCUCUCUCUCCCUCUAACAUCUAUAUUUCUCUAUCUCUCUGUUGUAGGUAGAACAGUUGUUCCGGCUGGGUCUGCGUUCUAGAACAGAGUGCCAGGAGGUUCUAGAGCGUUGCCAGUGGAACCUAGAACAGGCACGCACCAUGCUACUGGACUCUUAUGGAAAAGUAGGCUGA